AUGAAUACCUCUAAAAGUAUAUUUGAUCAACCUCUCAACAAUUCAAUUUCAAAACAAAGAUACACCUUUUCCAAAGCUCCUCGUGAAACCUAUUCAACCAAAUAAACUAAUGGAUCUAUGUACAACCUUCCAGAUAGUUUAAGCAAGAGAAUGGCUGCCAUCGGUUAUGGAUAAAAACAUGAUUUUACCAAACAUGUUAAAUAAGUUCCUGCUCCAAACAAAUAUGAAAUCAAGAGUUUCGCAGAAUUGAACAUGGAAGAGAAGAAAGGAAUCCAAUUUGCUUUGGGUAGAGAGGACACUUGGCUUCAAGGGAUUUGGGCAACUCUAACUUAAACCACCCCUCCUCCAGAUCGUUAUCAAAUACCAAGCACAGUUACAAGAAGAUAAAAGUUUACAUUUGGUUAAAGGACAUAAUCCCUAUAAAAGUUUAAUACUCCAGGACCUGGAAAUUAUGAAUAUGUAUAAGCCACAACACAGAAAGGAGUUUAUCCACUCUCCAAGUUCCAAAACUCAGGUGCUUGCAUCAUCGGAAAAGAUCAAGAGAGAUUUAAGACUUUGGGAGUGAAUGAUUAUCCUGAACCAGGACGUUACUCACUUGAGAAUAUUGGUAUUAACUAAUCAGGAGUAUACCCUAAGAAUGGAAUGAGAUCUGCAGUGUAAUAGACUUUUAGUAAGUCUACAAGAAAAGGACCAUAUGAAAUAAAUAAAGUGACUCCUGGUCCUGGAAGAUACAAAAUGUUUUCUGAAUUUGAUUGA